AUGGCCUCCCCCACCGUCGAUUCCACCUCUAUUGUCAUCUCCGCCGCCGCAGACGAUGUCCCUCUCCAAGUAGACUCAAUACCCAUUUUAGAUAUCCGUUUACUAUCCCAAUCCGAACUAUAUUCCCUCUCUCUAUGCUCUUCCUCCGCCGUUGGCCCCCUUCGUUGUGACGACGUCGUAGUUCCGAAGAUCGACCGGAGCGUCUUCAAUGAGUCCGCUGGCUCCCGCAAACAGACUUAUUCCCGCUACCGCCUCGCUCCUGCCUCCUCUUCCUCCUCCGCCACUUCAUCCGCCCCUCGCCGCCGCACUCCUCAUCUCCGUCCUACACCGGUUACGAUCGGUAAUAAUGGUAAUUCUGUUCCAGAGAAGAAAAAAAAUUCGCAGAUUAUCGAUCUACUUAAGCAAUUAUUUGUCACCAACUCCAACCCUGAAGAUUUAAUCCCUGUUAAAAUAGAUUACUCUUAUUCCCUCCCCCAACAAUUAUCGUCAUUUCCCUCCUCAUCCUCGUCCAAUGUGGUGCCUGUUAACCAUAAACGGAAACGGGGUCACCCUUGUCAAUUUGAAAUUGUGAAGAAUAACGCCAACUCGACGCUGGGGGUUAAUCCUAAUGUUGAUUCUUAUGAUGGUAAUCGUAAUAAAAACGGUUCGAUUAUGAGUGAGAAUGUGGGGGAUGUGGAUAGAGAUAGGAAGGCGUUACUGAAUAGGGAUGGGGUGGAAGUGGAUUUGGUGGCUUUGGGGACAGUGGAGAAUCCUUACGCGGAGGAAAUUAAACAGAGGACAGAAGGCUUGAACGGCAAAGAGGAUUUAGUGAGGUUUCUGGAAGGAUUGAAUGGGAAGUGGGGAAGUAGCAGGAAGAAGAGGAGGAUUGUGGAUGCAAGUAUGUUCGGGAGCACAUUGCCAGUUGGUUGGAAUCUCUUACUCUCUCUAAAGAAGAAGAAAGGAUGCGUGUGGUUGUAUUGUGGUCAUUACCUAAGCCCCAGUGGACGGCAGUUUGUAUCGUGCAAGGAUAUUUCUUCGUACUUGCUCUCUCUUCAUUGUGCCCAAGAUACGAAUAAGGUUGAUUGUGCUGAGAAUAAUCAGAGUAUGAAUGAUUCUAACAGCUUGUCUUCUGUCAGUAUUGCAAAUGUUAAUAACCAAGAUGACAACAGAAAGAAAAACCUGAUUUGCCCUGCAUCAUCACUUAUUGUUAGUUCGACAUCUUCUAAUCAUGAAAUGCAAGUCACAUUGGAUGCUGGUGAUCAGCCAGAGGACACAGUAGGAAAAUUUUUACAUUGUGAUGAAUGCAAAAUGACUUUCAGUCAGAAGGAUGAUCUAUUGCACCACCAGUCAUCUCUUCAUCGGGAAAAGAUGUACAAGAAUGAUUUGUCCCUCAAUGAUGUGGUAAUAGUUAAAGAGGGAAACUGUGAACACGUGUUCACAUGUAGUACAUUUAACAAAGUGAAUAAUUUUAAUGAUCAUAUUGGAGCUCAUGAGAGAAACCAUGUGAAAAGUACUGAAGAAUCACUAUCUGUUGAUGUGGGAGUGUGUGUUGAACCCGGUUCGUUUUGUCAACAACCUGUGAGAGAGGUUAUGUUGAAAGGAUCAUUAGGUUCAAUAGGCAAUAAUAUGGGUGAAACUUCCAAUGUGAAUACCAGCGACCAUGUUGGAGAUCGCAUAGCAACAGAUGGCAAUUUCGGAGUUUAUGAGUUUCUCCCGUCUAACAACGAGAGCAAAAGUUUCCAUGAAGUGGGGGUGCAAAAUACACAUGGAGGCAGUUUGCUUACUUUAUCUGAUCAUGAGAGGAUCAUUGGUACUGAAUAUCUUGUUGACAAGGUUUGCAGAAGAAAAAUGGAAAUGCUUGAAGUUGAUGGCGUCCAAAAUGUUAGGACUAGUGAACCGUUUCUUUCUGUCGGUAGUCAUACUGAACUAAAUUCUGAUGCUGUGAUUGGCAUUGAGGAGGAUAAAAUUGUUCGACAUUGUUCUCCUUCUGCAUUUGAAACCGAGAAAAAUAUUAUGAUAGAAAAUGAUGUAAUCCAGGUGAUCAGCAGUGUUGCAGAAGAGUGCAAACAGGAACCAUCUGGAAGUGUAUUGCUCACAGAGUCUUGUGCUGCAGAAGUCUCUAAUGAGGCAUAUACUGCAAAUAAGAUCUCAACUACCUCUGUGAAUGAUCCUAAACUUCAUGAAAUAGAAAACCCUAGAAAUCAUAACCUGAGCCUUUCUUCUGGCCAUCUCCUUACGGAAUUCCAUACAAAGUCUGAUACAGUUGAACAGGAAAAAAAUCUUCUAGGUAGUAUUAGUGUUCAAUCUGGCACCGAGAGAACAUUUGGUUUUCAAAAUAAUUUUAGUAACAAUGAAAGUAGUGCAGUAGAGGAUGCCAAAUGUGGAAAACCUUUGGGGUUUGGUUUACUUGGUUCGUCUAUAAACAACAAAACAUGUGAACUUGGAACUAGUUUCGGCAUGAAUUAUUAUUCAGGCAGGGACCAGGAUGGACCCAGAGGCAAUCAGAUAGGAAAUUCUGGAACCGACUUCAUAAUUGGUUUUGGCAGAAACAAUCUGCAGCCUGUUGAGGAUGUCUUGGCUGAAGGCAUUUGGACAACUGGUCAAGAAAAUAUCUUGCAGGGUAGUUUCACUGCUACUACAAGUCCACAAGUGCAACCAUCAAGCUCCUUUCAUGCCUUUGAUAUAAUGUCAGAUCAGGAUGCGCAAGGAUUAUUCGAAGUUCAGGAGAAGUACAAUAUCAAUGCUAAUGUUGAAGGAAUGAGCUCAGGUAGAGCUGAACCAGUUGAAUACAGUUUUCUGGGUUCAAACAGUUCAAAUGUUAUCCCCAUGGAGUCCAGUGCUUUCUCGCACAACACAAAUAUGGAACAAGGACUCGAUUCCUCAUUUUGGCUGGGAAACAAUGCUCUGAUGCCAAAUACAACAGACAAUAGGAGCAAGAGCUCUAGUGUUUGCGUUUGGUGCAGAAAUGUGUUCUAUCACGAGACUAACCAGCCUGAAAUGGAAGCAACAGGUGCAAUUGGUUCAAUGUGUCCAGCUUGCAGUACAAGGAUCCCGGGCCACUUCAGUGUGCUGUAG